ACCGCUCAGCACGUAGAUGAAAACUCCAAUGGAUAACAAUUCGAAUCUUUUUUUUGGAUGAACAACAGUUGGAGAUGUGCCUGAGAGGUGACGCAGGAACGCGCACCAGGAAGAGUAGGAGUGCCCUAUGGAUGAUCUGGCAACCCCUGGUGGGAGGACCGGUUAAAAAAGAAAAAUAAGUAGGUGGGGUUUUUUUUUUUUGACUGGGGAUUGGAGCUGGAUGGCAGAUGAAUGUGCAGUGAGUGAAGCAGUAGGAGGAGGAGGAGGAUUAUGGUGUCCCGGUGCUCGUUGGCAGCGCUGCUGCUGGCGCUGGCGAUGCGCCUGAGCCGUGGGGGGAGUUUCACCUGCCCGCUGCCCUGCAUCUGCACCGCAGACACACUGAGAUGCACUGCGCAGACCGAGAGCGCAGCCCGGGGAUCGUCCUCCAACAACAACUUAAGACUGGCGCACCUGCCUUUCACAGAAGUGCAAAGGGGAACUUUUCGAGGUCUCAUUAACGUCACCAGAAUCGAAAUCUCCCAAAGUGACUCGAUCAGGAAAAUAGAAGGCGAGGCAUUUCUCUCAUUACACAGCGUUAUCGAAAUCUCAAUCCUGAACAUCAUUUACCUGUCGGCUGUAGAAGAAGGUGCCUUCACGGAUCUGCCGAGACUGAGAUACCUGAGCAUCUGCAACACGGGAAUAAAGCACUUCCCGGAUUUUUCCCGCAUCUCAUCACUGGAGCUGGAUUUCUUCUUGGAAAUGGGAGACAACAGGCAGCUACCCAGCGUCCCAGCCAACGCGUUUCGAGGCGUGUCCAGGGCGGACAUGUACAUGAAUCUCGUCCGAAACGGAUUGACUGCAAUCGACUCUCACGCCUUCAACGGGACCAGACUGGAAAAGUUGAUUCUGAAAGACAACAAGAACCUAAUCAAAAUCCACGAUGAUGCCUUCGAAGGUGCCGAAGGACCGGUUUUACUCGAUGUAUCAUCCACUGCUCUGCGCUCGCUCCCAGCCCGAGGCCUGAGAGAGGUGAAGGUUCUCGUCGCACGCUUUACACCUUCCCUAAAGACCCUCCCUCCUCUUGAGAACCUUGCAGAGCUUCAGGAGGCUGACCUCACCUACCCAAGCCACUGCUGUGCCUUUCAAACCUGGAAACGGGACAACAGGGAGAAUGCUGUAUUUGGCCGCUUUAAGAACCUAUCCAUGCUGUGCGACAUGGCUGACCAAGCAGACAUGGACCCAUCAAGUGAAGAUCUUUACGACAUAAAUUUUCACUACCCAGAUUUGGACCUGUGCGCCAGCAGCAGCUCCUUCAAGUGCACCCCGGAACCGGACGCCUUCAACCCUUGCGAGGACUUGCUGGGUCACGCCUUGCUACGUGCCAUAACGUGGAUCGUUACCGUUUUUUCUCUCGUGGGAAACCUGGCCGUGCUGCUCGUUCUGCUGAUGAGCCACCAAAAGCUGAGCGUCUCACGGUUCCUCAUGUGCAACUUGGCCUUCGCGGAUCUUUGCAUGGGCUUCUAUUUGCUGCUCAUCGCCUUGGCGGAUUACCGCUCGCGUCAAGAGUACUACAACCACGCCACGGAUUGGCAGACGGGGAUGGGAUGCGGGGUUGCUGGGUUCUUGUCUGUGUUCUCGAGUGAGCUCUCGAUCUACACCCUCACCAUGAUUACGCUCGAGCGCUGGCACACCAUCACUCAUGCCAUGCAGAUAAGCAGGAGACUGAGACUUCGCCACAUGGUCACCAUGAUGGCGAUCGGUUGGGGAUUUUCCCUUUUAAUGGCUCUGCUUCCGGUAGUCGGUGUCAGCAGCUACACGAAGGUCAGCAUCUGCCUUCCGAUGGACAUAGAAACUCCGGUUUCGCAGGGAUACGUGGUGGCCGUGUUGGCCAUAAACGUUGCGGCCUUCUUAAUGGUUUGCUCCAGCUACGCCGGGAUUUACUUGAGCGUACGGAACCCAAACGUGCCGACGCGCCACGGAGACACGAGGAUGGCCAAACGCAUGGCGGUGCUCAUCUUUACAGACUUCCUGUGCAUGGCGCCCAUCUCGUUCUUCGCCAUUUCCGCUGCUUUGCGCAUGCCUCUAAUCACGGUGUCCCAAUCCAAAAUCCUUCUCAUCCUUUUCUACCCGAUCAACUCACUGUGCAACCCUUUUCUCUACACCAUUUCCACACGCGCCUUUCGCAGGGACACGUGUCUGCUUUUAAGCCGAUGCGGCUGCUGCCACACACAAGCGGAGUACUACAGGUCGCGGGGUCUCUCUGGGGUCAUCCUGGCUCCCAGGAGGAAGAGCCUGAGGAAAUCCCGCUCGGGUCACUUCCGAGCGUACCACAUCAAGCUGCAUGGAUGUUUUUUUAACAAAGCCGCGACAUGAGCGUCACGUUUCAAACUACUGAGCCACUGACUGCUAACCUGCAGCGACCUGUGAAUGCUGUACAUACUGUGAAUACGUGAUGCAUACUGUCAAUGCUCUUUAUAUAUUUACAUUUAUUAUUUGUACGAUGGCGUUUUAUUGGCUUAUUUUAGAGUCUUUAAGGCUUAGAGAUUAAAGUAACAAUAUGAGAAUGAAGUCAUAUUUUGAGGAAAAAAAGUCACAAUUAAGAGAAUAGUUGUGGCCCUACGAGAAAAAAGUCAAAGUAUUUUGAGAAGAAAAAGUCAAACUCGGGGGCAUCAAGUCAGCCAUACGAGAGUGAAGUCGAAAUAUUUCGAGAAUAACGUCCUUGGAGUCCGGGGGUUCAAAUAUUUAAACUUUAUUCUCUUUACUUUUCACGUGGCACUAAAAGGCAGUCAGUUUUCUGGACUGUGAAACUUCUAAACUGGGUUGUUCUCUGCAGAAGCUGAAAGCAAUUGUUUUUGUUUUGUAUUAAAAAAAAUUAUAUUUAUAAUUUGCAUGAUACAGAAGUAUGGGUUUAUUUUAGUUUGGACACCUGACAAAUUCCAAGCUUCUUUCCCUAAGCAACAGUUGACCUCUGUAAGAAGUUGCACAUAAUCUAAACAUGGACCAUUAUCUUGCCUUUGACACGUUUUUUUAAGUUAAGGACUGGACUCUGUGUUUGAAACUGACCACACAAACUCUGGCUGAAUGACCCGACUUGAAGACCUGGCCAAAUUAAAGUACGAGCUAAAAGAUGA